AUGGCGUUGCUCGGGGCGGGCUGGGCUGCCUUGGCUUUGCUGGGCUUUGGAAGUCUGCCGCUGGCCAGUGCGCAGAUUCAGGGUCUCAGCCUCAAGCGCGACAAGUUUCUGAAGGUGGUAGCCGAAGUCAACCCUCCAGUUUUGGACGUUUCAGAUGGCCUGAAGACAUUUUGUGGGCAGAAGCUCGACCAUUUCGACAGCGACAGCACGAAAACCUGGUGCCAGCGCUACACGACAAACAGGACUUACUGGAAAGCGGGUGGGCCAGUCUUCGUCUGCAUCGACGGGGAAGACUAUCCAUGGGGAGGAACUCGCAAGCCCUACACCCUCAUGUGCAACAACAUGAUGGAGUUGGCCAAAGAGUUCCAUGCAAUGGGAAUGGCUGUGGAGCACCGCUACUACGGCGGAGCGGCUUUUGAUGGAGUUCCGGACUUCUCAGCAGCCAACCUCAAGUAUCAUUCUUCAAGACAGGCCCUGGCGGACCUUGCCGCAAUCCACGACUACAUCGUGGGCACGUCCUCCUUUGAAGUGGAAGGAGUUCCCUGGGUGGUCUUCGGCGGCUCCUACCCCGGAUCCCUGUCGGCUUGGGCCCGGCAGCUUUACCCAGAGAGGUUCGCCGCUUCCGUGGCUUCCUCGGCCCCCUUGCAGGCCCAGCUCGACUUCUCCGGCUACAACGCCGUGGUGUCCUCCGCUCUGGCGGCGCCGAGCAUCGGGGGGUCUCCGAAGUGCUUGGCCACGGUGUCCAAGGGCCACGCGGAGAUUGGGGACCUCAUGGAGUCCGAGCCAGGACGGCGGUCCUUAGAGCGGAAGUUCAACCUUUGCGGCGCUAAUGCGUUGGACAACGUCGACAACAGGGCCCAAUGGGCUGGCACGGAUGGCGUCGUGGCCAUCAUCCCGCAGUACAACAGCGAGAAGUGCAACCACACCAGCUGCAACAUGAGGCUCUUCUGUGGCAAUCUCUCCGAGAUGGCUGAGGCAUCGCAAAGCACCAGUGCCCUCGAUGCUAUCGUGCUGAUGAAGGAGCACCAGGACAAGGAGGACUCGCUCGGAAGCAGCACUCCUGCUCCAUGCACGUCCGUGUCCUUCGAGAACCUGACGAUCAAGGCACUGAACAUCACCACGAAGGUGAACAUCAGCGACAGCCGAUCCGGGGAUCAGUUUAGCAGACUCUGGUACUACCAGACCUGCACCGAGUUCGGCUGGUAUCAGACCUGCACGAAGGGAAGCAACUGCCCCUGGACCCAGGGCUACAACACCGCCGAGUGGAAUCUGAAGCCCUGCCAGCUUCUCUUCGGGAUUUCGCCGGAACAGGUUCAGGAGAAUAUCCGGAAGACCAAUGAGUUCUACCAGGGCAUUCUGUACCCCAACACCACCCGCACCAUCUUCCCCAACGGCGAAGUGGAUCCCUGGCACUGGGAGUCGGUCCUGGAGCACCCGAACCCGGAGAUCGACACCAUCUUCAUCAAGGGGGCCUCGCAUUGUGAGUGGAUGCAUGCGGUGCGGCCCUCCAUGAGCGAGCAUUUGGUGGUGGCCAAGAAGGCCAUUCAGAACAAGAUCGCCUACUGGCUCCGUCACCCGGAGACGCCCGCAACGGGCGCAAACUUGCACAGCAUCCGGCAGCGCAAGUUCCUGGCCUCUGAAACGGAUGUCGUGUCCCACCUGCAGCUCCCAGGGGAGCGCGACGAAGAGCUCUAG